UAAACGCAAACGUGUAGACGAAUGGAAAUAUCCAUUAACGUUUUUGUAUUCCUCCUCUACACUCUGGUCGUGAUCUACCUUCAGCAUUUCGUGAACAAGUACACUGAGUUCGUCCGCAGCCUAUAAAUGUUGGGCCUU